AAGAACGAGUAUUUGUUCGGAAAGAUCGAUGUGCAGCUCAAGCUCGUCCCCGGAAACUCUGCAGGCACUGUUACUGCCUACUACGUAUGGCUCAUCCACCUAAGUUUCCUUGUUCCUCGACGUGAAAACGUUCUCUUUUAAGAUGGUUCUUGGAUCCUGCAGUUAUCGUCGAAAGGGUCGGCCCGGGAUGAGAUCCAUUUCGAGUUCUUGGGGAAUUUGAGUGGCGACCCUUACAUUCUCCACACUAAUGUGUUCAGCCAAGGCAAAGGCAACAGGGAACAGCAGUUCUAUCUCUGGUUCGACCCAACUUCUGAUUUCCACACCUACUCCAUCCUCUGGAGCCCUCAAACCAUUGUUAGAUGGAGUACCCAUCAGAGAGUUCAAGAACAUGGAAUCGCUCGGUGUGCCAUUCCCGAAGAGCCAGCCGAUGAGGAUUUACUCGAGCUUGUGGAACGCCGAUGACUGGGCAACCAGGGGCGGUCGGGUCAAGACAGACUGGACCAAAGCUCCUUUCACGGCCUCUUACAGGAACUUCAAGGCCGAUGCCUGCGUCUGGACAAGCAGAAGAUCCUCCUCUUCUUGCAGCUCGUCGAAAGGAAAAUGGCUGUCUCAAGAACUCGAUGCUACAAGACUCCAGAGACUGAGAUGGGUGCAGAAGAACUACAUGAUCUACAAUUACUGCGCCGAUACCAAGAGGUUCCCUCACGGCCUACAUCUUGAGUGCCGAGCCAGAAGCCAUUAGAUAUAU